AUGGUGAAUCUUACCGAUUUUAAGGGUUCAAUGGCAGGCUUGAAGAAAGGUAUCAUCAUCGCCAUCGCCAUCGUUGCCUCGCUGUUCCUCGGUAUUAUUAUUGGGAACUUAUGUUGCUGGGAAGCGGGUUAUUGCUCACCCGACACCCAGUAUGCAGCUGCGGGUCCUAAGGCCAACUAUCGAGCCUCCAAUCCAUCGUCUGAACCUUCAGUGACUUAUGAAGUUGCUAAUAUGGGUUCUGAGGGAAGAAGAGGGAAUAGAGCAGGUGGACCGAGAGAGCAACUUUCAGAAUAUGCAGUGGUCGAUAAAACCAAGAAGAAAAAGAGGGGACCUAAACCUGGUGAGCUUCAGUAUGCUGAGCUUGAUCAAAUUACUGGUCGUGGACAGAAGGCAACAAUGCCACGUGUUAGUGGUACCGAUACUGUGUAUGCGGACAUUAAAUCGUAG